CCACUGAGGCUGGCUACUUUAGGACUGAGUCCUGGACCCGGUGAGGACAGAAAGCUGGAUAACGUUGGCCGCAAAUAGACACGCAGAGAAAACCAGUGCAGACGCUGUGGUUUUUUUUUUGUUUUUUGGGGGGAAAAUCAAGACACACAACUGUCCUACCGGAGCAUUUAACUAGCAUCCUGUUUGUAGUGACUACACUAAAAAAGGUAUUGGAAACCUUGAAAUUCCAUCUUCAACUCCAGCACACUUCCAUAAAAAGCUGCUGCUUCCUCGCCAGUGUCUGCAUCCCGGGCCCGUGUGGAAGACAGCCAUGGACCGCUCGGUGCAGGAACUCUUCCUGAACUUCAUGAUCGUCUUAAUCACCGUUCUGCUGAUGUGGCUGCUGGUUAAAACAUAUCAGGACUAAUGAAUUCCCUGUGGAUGACAAGAUGGGGGAUAUUGUAUGCCGUCUGCAUGGUUUCUGCUGCUCUGGAGACCCUGUGAUUGUGAUGCAGUUACGGUAUCAAAGAUUUUAGGGUUAUUAUGUGCCUUUCAGUGCUACUUUUUGCACUGAAAAUGUCUUUCUCUGGCAUGAGAACAACAAAGGGGAGCCCCAGAAAAAAGAGGAGGGUAAACUACAGGAAUCAAACCAGCAUUUUGAGUUAUUUCUAAACAUUGUGCAGCUCAUUUUGUGCCUGUUACUGUCAUAAGUAAGAAUAUGACAUCCAAGUAAGAUACACCCUUAAAUUGAUUUGGGUGUCAAAUUGGAAUGGGAAUGUUUAUACUGACAAUAAAGUCACAAUUUGGUUGA